AUGGCCGACAUCAUGAACCCGUCACCCGGUCCUAUCGACUACACGCAGAAUGCCUACCCGCGCCAGCGGCCGCUUCCUCGUCCUCCUCCCAACACCCAGCAACAACGGUCCCAGCCACCGCCAGAUGAAACCUCGACCAAGCAACCCCCACCCGACACGCAGCAACAGCAGCAGCAGUUUGACCAGUCAUCGUUCGCCACUGCCAGCCAAGAGUCGUGGGCCGGCUCGGAGAUGUCGUUCCACUGGCGCACCAACCCUGGCCAGUUCUGUCACCCCAUGGGUCCUCCCCCAACAGAAAACGGCUCCUACGACUGGAGUGACCUAGGACACCCGGAGCGCAACCUGUUUAGCGUCAAGCUUCUCCUGCCGCCCCUGUUCAUGGAUAAGGAAGAAGACGUGGAGGCGUACAUCACACGCGUGUCCUUUUUCAUCCAGCUUCACAUGUUGCGGUUCAGGACCAAUGCUGACCAAGUCUACUUCUUCCUGCAAGGGUGCAGCGGCAAGGAGAGCCUCCUGUGGGCGGCACAGAUCAUGAAGGCGCACCUCGAUGAGCGCGAGUGUUGGGAGCGCUUCCCAGAGUACGCAACCAUCACGCAGGUGGUCAAGCUCUUUCGCCUCCGCUUUGGUGUCCUCGACAAGCAGCGCGCAGCACAGGCCAAGUUCGAGGCACUCAAGCAAGGCUCGCAGCCUGUGCGUUCUUAUAUCGCUAUGUUUGACCGACUUGAGCAGGACGCUGGCUACAACGAUGCAGCACUCAUCCAGGUGUUCAGGCGUGGUCUUGAUCCAGUCCUGCGCAAGAAGAUCAACAAUAUGGCGGAGCCGCCUUGUAUGAUCCGCGGGUGGAAGGAGGUCACGCUCAACAAGGAUGCCCGUCAUCGCGCUGCACAGGAAGAGGACAAGGCGCCUGCUCGCGUCCAGGCUACCUUUACGCGCCUGACGGAGGAAGAGCGUGCGGACCUUCGCCGCCGCGGAGGGUGCUUCUACUGCCACAAGACCGGCUAUAGGUUCUUUGAAUGCCCGGAGCGCCCGGAAGGGAAAGGGAAGGAGAAGGAGAAGGAGCAGGUGGGGGUGUUCGCGAUGCUAGUCGCCCAGCUCAAGGAGAUGGGGAAGGAGGAACGGGCUCAGGCGCUGGAGGCCCUGAAGGAUUUUUAG